UUCCUUUGCCAUCACCACACGGUCGUCUUCUUUUCAAAAGGCACCUCCAAAUAAAGUCAAAUAAAUAGAAGAAUCACCUAUUGAAAAAAUUGGAAUGAUUUGAGUAUAGUAAAUAAUAUAUAAAACAUUUGUGAACAAUUUAAAUCUUGCGUUAUGGAAAAAUCAAUGGGAUUCGAUCAAUGUCGUAGACUUUGGAUAGGUAAUUUGGACCCGAAUGUGACGGAGUACCAACUUUUGAAACUCGCACAAAAACAUGGAAAAAUUGAAAAAUUUGAUUUCUUGUUACAUCGUACUGGAUUACUAGCAGGGCGACCACGAGGAUAUGCUUUUGUAACAUAUACGGACAUAAAUAAUGCUGUAGUUGCAAGAGAUCUGCUUAAUAAUCAAGUUAUAGGCCAGAAAAAAAUAACUGCAAUGUGGGCUUAUGACAUUGAUGAAAGUACUAUGACGGAAAAACCAAAGAUAGAGAUAUCAAUUCCUGUAUUAGAAUUGUCAAAAGAAGAGAGAAAAUCAGAUCGUUUAUCCCAAAUCCAAGCCAUCGAAGCCAAACUCAAACUUAUGGAACACAAAGAAGAUGAGCUGAAAAUUAAUGAUACAAUUGCAUCAAAACCCCCAUUAAUUAAACAGUUUCAGUAUAAUAAGAAUCGGGCCAGUAUUGUAAAGCUAAAAGUCAAGAAUGAAAAGUUUGCAAAACCUUACCCAAAAAGAAAAGAUAUUUAAACUUGAAAUAUUUAUGUUUAUACUAUCAUAGAUAAUUAUUCUAAGGUCCCUCUCAGGAAUAUAAAAAUCUCUGUAGGUAUAAGUUUUAUUGUUAGAACAACCUAAUUAGUUAUUAAUACAAAUGUGAUUAAUAAGUUUAUGUCAAAGUGUGUUUAUAAAAUCCAAAAUAAUGUGGCUUAUUUUAUUUUAUAAUAAAUUUCCUCGGAUUGUGAAGCUUGUUUUAUUGUUGCUAAACUGAUUAUAAGCUCAUCUUUCUUUAUUAUUGAGCUCGAACAGGGAUCUUUGAGGAGAUAGAAAAUCUGAUCUCGAACUUGAGGCAACUGAAAAGUCCCAGUACUUCCAGGAGCUCAAAACUUGAGUAUUUCAAUUGUAUUUUAUUCUUACAGUAUUCUAAAGUUAUGUAACUAUCAUGGUCUCAUCGUCGUGGUAAUAUUCGGUGUUAGUAAAGCAAGACCUUUUCGAAUAUUUUCCUUUUGUAAAAUAGUUUUAGAGUUCUAGCAGACUUACUAAUU